AUAUGUGGAGUGUUUUUUUCGGUGCAGUCGCUCCAGCAAUGUGCCGCUUGUGUUUCGACCAAAUGGUGGCACAGAGGUUGCUAGCAUCCAGAACACUCAAAGACGCCCAAAGGACCGCGAUUGUCAGUUCUGUGCUUUUCUUUUCCACUUAUGUCACACUCUUCUCAAUGGGCGUGGCACUGACCCUAUGGUUUCGAGGUUGCGAUCCACUGCUGUCGGGUGCUGUCGAUCGCAUUGAUCAAAUUGUGCCGUACUACAUCAAAACACGUCUAGUGCAAUUUCCCGGAUGCGUAGGUCUUUUUCUCGCGGGUGUUGUCUGUGCUGCAACAAGUACGACAUCGUCCACAAUUAAUUCGCAAGCAGCUAUUGUAUACGUUGAUAUCAUUUCCCCUCGGUGGAAAUAUGCCACGCGUCACGUUCUGUGGAUUACACGUUGCACAGCGCUAGCUUUAGGUGUAACCAUGACAGCAUACAGUACGCUGUGCAUAUAUAUGGGACCCUUGAAUAGGGUGUUUCUGACGGUAAACGGAGCCCUGACUUCGCCUUAUGUAGGAUUGUGUCUACUGGCUAUACUAUUUCCGUUUGUACACUCCAAGGGUGCAGGCGUAGCGACCAUAGUCGUAGUUAUCAUGCAAAUAUGGCAUGGGGCAAAAUCAAUACAGAGAAGCACACUACCACCCAGGAUGCCAAUUUCCUUAGAGUGCUGCCCUGGAAACGUCACGUUCCAUACUUCAAAGUCAACGAUAUUGAACAUAAGCAGCUCGUUGGAUAUUCCGAGAUCCGACGAGUCAUUCUACUUCUUCCGGAUGUCAUACUUGUGGACCAGUUUCCUUGGUAUUUUUGCAACAGUUGCCAUUGCUGUAUUGGUAAGCGCCUUGACAGGAGAAAUGUGGAGUAAAAACGAGCAACCGCAGUUAUGCAGUGAUUUACUCGUGAGAAUAUGGCGGAAACGGACGCACCUCAAAGACGAAUCGCCACUUGAGGAAAUGAAGACAUCAAAUUUAGACAAACGCAAGUGUAGCACAGAAGUUGAAGACCUGCUAAUGCCUACAGAAGAGAGCUACGCGUAGGAAAAUUAAUUUACAUAAAAAAACCGCUGAGGAAGAGGAACAACGAUACAAAUUUUCGUUUGUCAAUAAAAUGACGUGCCCUAGGAAUGACGCGCUU